AUGAAGAUGCACCGUGUGUUUGUUAACAACCUCACCAUUGUUGGUCUCUUAAGUGUCUGUGGCUCCUUACAAUCGCUUUAUCUUGGAGAGGAAUUGCAUGCUCAGAUAAUAAAGAAUUCUAUGGAAGUCAAUCUUCAAAGUGGGGGUACACUUGUUUGGUUCUACUGUAAAUGUGGAGAGUAUACAUAUGCUGCAAGAAUUCUUGAAGUGAUGCCGGGCCGUGAUGCAGUCUCAUGGACAGCUGUGAUUUCUGGCUACAAUAAUCUUGGUCAUAAUGUUGAAGCACUUAAAUCAUUACAUGAUAUGUUAUGUGAUGGAAGCUCACUUAUUGAUAUGUACAUGAGGUGUGGAAAAGUCAAUGAAGCCCGAAGAGUCUUUGACGCCAUGCCAGACCAUAACUUGGUAACAUGGAAAGUGAUUAUUACAGGAUUUUCUCAGAAUGGCCUCUGUGAAGAGGCUUUGAAGCACAUGUACCUAAUGCAGCAAGAAGGGCAUGAAGUUGAUGACUUUGUGCUCUCAACAGCUCAGACAUCAUGUGGAGAUCUUCAAUGGGAAUCCAUCUCCUUCUCUGGCUCAGUCGCUGGUUCAGUUUUCAGCUCGGCAUUAGAUUAG